AUGUGUUUCACCUGCUUCUGCCCCACAUGGGGCUACUGUCAUCCAGAACCAAGGAUCAUCUCCGGAGACGAGGCCCCUCCACAAGCUAUCUGGCAUCUAGAACCAAGGAUCAUCUCCGGAGACGAGGCCCCUCCACAAGCUAUCUGGCAUCUAGAACCAAGGAUCAUCUCCGGAGACGAGGCCCCUCCACAAGCUAUCUGGCAUCUAGAACCAAGGAUCAUCUCCGGAGACGAGGCCCCUCCACAAGCUAUCUGGCAUCUAGAACCAAGGAUCAUCUCCGGAGACGAGGCCCCUCCACAAGCUAUCUGGCAUCUAGAACCAAGGAUCAUCUCCGGAGACGAGGCCCCUCCACAAGCUAUCUGGCAUCUAGAACCAAGGAUCAUCUCCGGAGACGAGGCCCCUCCACAAGCUAUCUGGCAUCUAGAACCAAGGAUCAUCUCCGGAGACGAGGCCCCUCCACAAGCUAUCUGGCAUCUAGAACCAAGGAUCAUCUCCGGAGACGAGGCCCCUCCACAAGCUAUCUGGCAUCUAGAACCAAGGAUCAUCUCCGGAGACGAGGCCCCUCCACAAGCUAUCUGGCAUCUAGAACCAAGGAUCAUCUCCGGAGACGAGGCCCCUCCACAAGCUAUCUGGCAUCUAGAACCAAGGAUCAUCUCCGGAGACGAGGCCCCUCCACAAGCUAUCUGGCAUCUAGAACCAAGGAUCAUCUCCGGAGACGAGGCCCCUCCACAAGCUAUCUGGCAUCUAGAACCAAGGAUCAUCUCCGGAGACGAGGCCCCUCCACAAGCUAUCUGGCAUCUAGAACCAAGGAUCAUCUCCGGAGACGAGGCCCCCUCCACAAGCUAUCUGGCAUCUAGAACCAAGGAUCAUCUCCGGAGACGAGGCCCCUCCACAAGCUAUCUGGCAUCUAGAACCAAGGAUCAUCUCCGGAGACGAGGCCCCUCCACAAGCUAUCUGGCAUCUAGAACCAAGGAUCAUCUCCGGAGACGAGGCCCCUCCACAAGCUAUCUGGCAUCUAGAACCAAGGAUCAUCUCCGGAGACGAGGCCCCUCCACAAGCUAUCUGGCAUCUAGAACCAAGGAUCAUCUCCGGAGACGAGGCCCCUCCACAAGCUAUCUGGCAUCUAGAACCAAGGAUCAUCUCCGGAGACGAGGCCCCUCCACAAGCUAUCUGGCAUCUAGAACCAAGGAUCAUCUCCGGAGACGAGGCCCCUCCACAAGCUAUUUUAGUUAUGAAAUGUUCAUACUUUCAUUUUGA